UUGUUUGUUUACUUUUUAUUUGAUCACAUUUUUUAUUUUUCUAAUUGUUUUGCUUAAUUGUUGUUGGUGAAUUGUUUUCAUUUUGUUGUUUAAGUUAAUUUAAUUUGAAGUUAUGAGUGAUUCGUCCAGUGAUUCGGAGGAAGAAGUUCCUUCAUACAAGAUUCACAUGUGGGAUCUAAACCAAUGUGAUCCUAAAAGAUGUACCGGUCGUAAAUUACAGCGACACAAUUUACUGAAAACACUUAAAUUGGGAAAUCGUUUCGGUGGUAUAAUUUUAUCACCUAUGGCAGUUAAAAGUGUUUCACCGGAAGACAAGGAGAUAAUUGAAAAACAUGGUAUCUCGGUUGUUGAUUGUUCUUGGGCCAAAUUGGCAGAGACUCCUUUCCACCGGAUGAAAGGUCCACACAUGAGAUUAUUACCUUAUCUUGUAGCCGCUAAUCCAGUUAAUUAUGGUAGACCUUGUGAAUUAUCAUGUGUUGAAGCGAUUGCUGCUUGUUUUAAGAUUGUUGGACUUGAUAAAGCGGCUGAUUAUUACUUAGGGAAAUUCAAAUGGGGCCAUGGAUUUCUAACCCUUAACGAUGAACUGUUUAACCUUUACAGUGAAUGUAAAACCUCAAAGGAAAUUGUUUCUAUCCAGGAGAAAUAUCUUACCAGGAUAAAAGAAGAAGCUGAUUUACCAUCUUCAUCAUCUUCAUCAUCUUCAUCAUCAUCAUCUGAAAGUUCAUAUUCAUCAGAGGAAGAAGAAGAAGAAGAUGAAAAAGAAAAAGAAACUGUAAAAAACUCUAUGGUUAAAGAUGAAAACAAUCCAAUUCCUGAUGAAAAGAAAAUUGAUUUAAAGGAAUCAGAAAAUUUUCCUCAAAAAGAACUGAAAAAACUCAAUUCCAUCCACUUCAAAUGACCCUGAUUGUUCACAAUUAUCUGAGAAAUUAUCAUCCAUAUGAAACAGUUAAUCUUGUAAUUAAUCAACUAAUUAUUACAACAACUAAUUCAUUUCAAUCUACCAAAA